GAAAUAUCCCUUUAAAAAUGUGUUCAUAAGAACAGUUUAACACGCUGGGACAACACUUGAAAUCUUAUCCAGUGUUUUCCCUCUUUGUAUGAGUGUAUGUGACCGACUCUCAAUUGUUUUUAAGGCUCAGCGUUUCCACGAUGGCACAGAAUGACGGAAAUGGGACUCGAAGCGAAGCAAGUAGCGAAUAGUAGCCUACAUGCAUUACAUUCCUACAACGCAAAUGAUCUGACUGAUGUCUCGACCUCUUCAGAUGAUGCUGGCGGUAUGUGUUGACGCACCAGGGGGUCCAGAAAGUCUGCUUUUGAGGAAAGUCACUAAACCUCAAUCCAGAGCUGGAGAAGUUCUUAUCAAAGUCCAUGCAACUGCUCUGAACCGGGCAGACUUGUUGCAGAGGAGAGGACUCUACCCAGCUCCUCUAGGUGAAAGUGAGAUCCUGGGCCUGGAGGUUGCUGGGACUGUGGCCGGCACAGGUGCCGGGGUGAAGGGCUCCUGGAGGACAGGUGAUCGAGUCAUGGCCCUCCUGUCUGGAGGCGGAUAUGCAGAGUACAUCUCUGUGCCAGAAGAGCUGCUCAUGUCAGUCCCCUCCCACCUCUCUCUCUACCAGGCCGCUGCAAUCCCUGAGGCCUGGCUCACUGCCUUCCAGCUCCUGCACCUCGUAGCCCGGGUGAAGGAGGGAGAGGUGGUUUUGGUGCAUGCUGGAGCCAGUGGCGUCGGAACCGCGGCGAUCCAGCUCGUCCGAUUGGCCGGUGCCGUCCCCGUGGUUACGGCAGGAAGCCCGGAGAAAUUGCAGAUAGCAAAGGAGCUGGGGGCAGUGGCUGGUUUCAACUACAGAGAAGAAAACUUUGCAGAGAAAGUCUGCGAUUUCACGAAAGGCAGGGGAGCAGACGUAAUUCUGGACUGCAUCGGGGGAAGCUGCUGGGAGAGGAAUGUGGACUGUCUGGCCCUGGACGGAAGAUGGGUGCUGUUUGGCGCCAUGGGUGGAAAGACAGUGGAGGGAGAGCUUCUGGGCAGGCUGCUGUCCAGGCGAGGACAGCUCCUCUGCAGCCUGCUCCGCUCACGCAGUCUGCAGUACAAAGCAGAUCUGGUGAGGGCUUUCUCAGAAGGGGCGUUGCCCUCCUUCUCUAACCAGACCUCCUCCCUGAGGCCGGUGAUUGACAGCACCUUUGACCUGGAGCAGAUUGCAGAUGCUCACAGACACAUGGAAGCCAACAGAAACAUGGGGAAGAUUGUCAUCAAGGUGACGUCACAGACCCAGUGAGCCCAGUGAUCACCACACCUUCAGUCUCAAACAUCUACCCCGACUGGAGUCUCUAGUUCCUGUGAUUCAUUUCAAGAGGAAGGUGUUGAAAGACUGUAGUAGUUUUUAACUGGGCUUAUCCCCUCUCGAUAUAAAAUACAUUGGACUCCUAGCCCCCAGGUGUAGGUUUGUUUAAAAUUUGUGGGGGAAAGCUUUGUUUAAUAACUGAGAAUGCGGUUGUUUAAAUAAAAAUGUCUUCAUAAAAAGUGGGUGGACAGAUAAGCAGUUUUCAAAAAAUGAGUGUCAAAUGUCCCUCAACCUACCCUUUAAACAGUGUAAGGCUGGGUGUCACCCCACCCGUCAUAUGCUAAAAUAUGGACGGAGUCCCUAUUUGAUGGGUUUCACACCUCAUUGUGUAACUUACUGUUGCAUUGCUAGUCAUAUGUUGAUAAUUAAGGGUCAAUAUGUGGUCGGAUGUUGUUCUACAGAUAUAAAGGGAAUUGUGAAGCAUUGUUCUCUAGAUUAUUGAUCUCCUGAGGGCUUUUCCUCAGCUCUGGCUUCUCUUACUCCUCCUUCUUACUCUUUCUCUGAUUUACAAUAAUCAUCAUGGUAUAGGAGGUAAGAUUUAAAGCCUUCACUUUGUAACAUGUUUGCCAUGCAAAUGAUUUCAUUAAUUUGCAAUGUUAUUAAAUAUCUAGUCAUCUAUUACUCUAAUUUAACCGAUCAGUCAAAUAACUGUACUUCCAGCAUAUUUGGUACACUGUUCAAUUUACCCCUCUUCCUUUACUGUAGGGGAAUAGUUUUGGUUGUUUGACCAAAAAUGUAACCCCUUACAACAGCAUACGUGUAGCCUACAAUGAGCAUGUACAGUGCACAUGGACUAUACAUCUACAAAUGACAUUGCGUUAUUGUUUUGUAUAUUAUUUCGGGAAAACAUACAAUUAUCACAACUUGUUGAAAAACUUUAUUCGUAAUGUUUUAAAUUCACAGUGUCAAGGCUUAAAACACGAUAUAGGCUAUAGCCUACAGAAUAACCUUUAACUCUGAUGUAGCUAAUGUAUUGCAGCUAUAGUAUUAGGCCUAUAAGUAGGUUAUGUCACGUUGCAGGACUACAAAUUGCUAAAUUGUGUCUACGAUGAAGUAAACUGAAUUUGGGGGGGAUUGUGUGCGUAAACUGGGCUGCAACCACGCCAGACUAAACAGUGGACAAAAUGACAAGAAGCCGGAAUCGGGCGUCACAAAUAAAAAUGUUUCACUUCCUGAAAUCACAGAGAACAUUUGUUUUAGAGGUAGUUUCUGAGUUUGUCCUUUAUUUUGGAACAAGGACAUUACGUUUUAGCUAAGGAUUAACGCAAGCAAAUGCAGACUGGCUGCAUAAUUAAGAUAAUGCCCUCUGAGGAACUAAACCAAUCUUCGUAAACCGAGUAGGAAAUGCUGGUUGAUUUUAACCCAUUUCGAAAUCAAGUUGUAGUGUUAUUGGAGGAUUUCAACAGCUACAAUCUGUCACUUUCAACAGAAACAACAAAG